AGGCUUACCCUGCAAUAAUAAAUUUUUAAUGCAUAGAAUUGCUUUUCUUAAGAUGUUUUGCUUUGAUUUUUACGAUCUGAGGCUGUAUUGUGUGUGAAGGAGCAUUUUUGGUACUUUUAUGAACAAUUGAUUUCAACUAGAAAGCAAAGUACUUAGCAUGUAAUGAGAAUGGUAUGUGCAUUGGGGCUGAUAUGGCCAAUCAAUUCAUUGUAUAGAGUUUGUGUGUUAGUGUAAUAAAGUUGUUUUUAUUAAUCAUUCUUAGGCUUACCAUGCAAUGGAAACUAGACCAUUUGUAUGUAAGUUAAUUUUUAAUGCAUAGAAUUGAUAUUCUGAAGAUGUUUGGCUCUGAUUUUUACAAUGUGAGCAAAGAUUAUGUGUGAAGGAGUGGGUUUUGAUGUUUUUGGUACUUUUACGUAAUAAUCAGAACAAAGUUCUUAGCUUUUAAUAAGAAUGGUGGUUUAGUUUAUUAAAUUAUGAAAAGAGAAUUUAAAGUCAACAGAAAAUAACAAAUUGAACCGAUGGUUUGGUUUAUUCAAUUGGGUGUUGGCGAACGGAUGAGUUAUUAGUUAAAUGCUUAUAUAGAGUUCUUUUGUAGUUUCAACACAUUUUGUGAUGUUAUCUGCUGUGUGUUGGAACUACAAAAGCCUGAUCUGCUGGCAUUGUGUAUCUAGUGACAUGAUUAAAAGUUAUACAAUGGGAACGGGUCUAGUUAUGAUUACAGUUUUUGGGUAUAAUGAUGGUUGCGGUCCUUGUGGAGUUGUUCAUCUUUUGCUUUUGAUUGAUUGUUGAACUCUUUGCAGUCAUGGCAGGUCUAGCACCAGAAGGAUCACAAUUUGAUGGUCGUCAGUAUGAUACCAAAAUGAAUGAGUUGCUUUCAGCUAAUGGGCAAGAUUUCUUUACAUCAUAUGAUGAGGUUUAUGAUAGUUUUGACUCUAUGGGUUUGCAAGAGAACCUUCUGCAGGGCAUUUAUGCAUGCGGUUUUGAAAAACCCUCAGCAAUUCAGCAAAGGGGAAUUGUUCCCUUCAUCAAAGGUUUGGAUGUAAUUCAACAGGCUCAGUCUGGAACUGGAAAGACAGCAACUUUUUGCUCCGGUAUCCUUCAACAGCUUGACUAUGGUUUAGUUGAAUGCCAGGCCUUGGUUUUGGCACCUACUUGUGUGCUUGCUCAACAGAUUGAGAAGGUUAUGCGAGCACUUGGAGAGUUUCUUGGCGUGAAGGUACAUGCUUGUGUGGGUGGAACCAGUGUUCGUGAAGACAAGCGCAUUCUAUUGGGUGGGGUUCAUGUUGUUGUUGGCACUGUUGGGCGUGUGUUUGAUAUGCUGAAGAGACAGUCACUUCGUCCUGAUUACAUUAAGAUGUUUGUACUAGACGACGCAGAUGAAUUGCUUUCUCGUGGUUUCAAGGAUCAGAUCUAUGAUAUAUUCCAGCUCCUCCCUUCAAAAGUUCAGGUUGGUUUAUCCUCAGUUACAAUGCCUCCCAAAGGCCUUGAGAUCACAAGGAAGUUUAUGAACAAACCAGUCAGGAUUCUCGUGAAACGCGAUGAGCUCACCCUAGAGGUCAUGGCAGGUCUAGCACCAGAAGGAUCACAAUUUGAUGGUCGUCAGUAUGAUACCAAAAUGAAUGAGUUACUUUCAGCUGAUGGGCAAGAUUUCUUUACAUCAUAUGAUGAGGUUUAUGAUAGUUUUGACUCUAUGGGUUUGCAAGAGAACCUUCUGCGGGGCAUUUAUGCAUGCGGUUUUGAAAAACCCUCAGCAAUUCAGCAAAGGGGAAUUGUUCCCUUCAUCAAAGGUUUGGAUGUAAUUCAACAGGCUCAGUCUGGAACUGGAAAGACAGCAACUUUUUGCUCCGGUAUCCUUCAACAGCUUGACUAUGGUUUAGUUGAAUGCCAGGCCUUGGUUUUGGCACCUACUUGUGUGCUUGCUCAACAGAUUGAGAAGGUUAUGCGAGCACUUGGAGAGUUUCUUGGCGUGAAGGUACAUGCUUGUGUGGGUGGAACCAGUGUUCGUGAAGACAAGCGCAUUCUAUUGAGUGGGGUUCAUGUUGUUGUUGGCACUGUUGGGCGUGUGUUUGAUAUGCUGAAGAGACAGUCACUUCGUCCUGAUUACAUUAAGAUGUUUGUACUAGACGACGCAGAUGAAUUGCUUUCUUGUGGUUUCAAGGAUCAGAUCUAUGAUAUAUUCCAGCUCCUCCCUUCAAAAGUUCAGGUUGGUUUAUUCUCAGUUACAAUGCCUCCCAAAGCCCUUGAGAUCACAAGGAAGUUUAUGAACAAACCAGUCAGGAUUCUCGUGAAAUGCGAUGAGCUCACCCUAGAAGGUAUAAAGCAGUUUUAUGUCAACGUUGACGAGGAAGAACGGAAAUUCGAGGCACUCUGUAAUCUCUGUGAAACCAUGGCCAUCACCCAGAGCAUCAUCUUUGUCAACAAAUGUCGCAAGGUUGACUGGCUAAUCAACAAGAUGCGGAGCCGAGACCACACAGUUUUCGGCACCCAUGGAGCCAUGGACCAGAAUACGAGAGACAUUGUAAUGCGUGAAUUCUGUUCCGGUUCCUCUCGUGUCCUCAUAACCACUGAUAUCUUGGCCCGAGGCAUUGAUGUGCAGCAAGUCUCUCUUGUUGUAAACUAUGAUCUCCCUACUCAGCCCGAUAACUACCUCCACCGUAUCGGACGUAGUGGACGGUUUGGGAGGAAGGGUGUUGCCAUCAACUUCCUAACGAGUGAUGACAGUAGGAUGCUGGCUGACAUUCAGAGGCUUUAUAAUGUGGUUGUUGAGGAGCUGCCGGCAAACGUUGCUGAUCUCCUCUAAACAAGGUUUUGUCUUUGCUUUUGUCUUUGCUUUUGUCAGUGGAAAGAUAAGUGGAUUUUCAUUUACCGAGUACUAUUUAUUAUGCUUUUUCCUCUUCUUGUUUAAUAGGUCUACUGUCUAAAUUGGCAAUGGCUUUUUCUUCAUCCAUCACAAUUUUUUGGCAACUAUAUGGUCUAAAAUGUCUUUUUAUUGCUAUGAUAAUUUUUGUGUUUGUUUGUUGU